CUCGGGCGGGGGAAAGCUGCGGACUUUUGCCGUGCUUCAGCGCAUGCGCAGCGGCGGGUGGCGCUGCUCCGCCUUUACCCGCUCCAUGGGACGAGCGCUGUUGUUUUCUCCUUGCAGGAGGGGGCGAGAGCAGGCGGGGGCGGAGGGAAAAGAGGAAGAUGCCGGGGAAGCUGAAGGUCAAGAUCGUGGCGGGGCGUCAUUUGCCAGUGAUGGACCGAGCCAGUGACCUGACGGACGCCUUCGUGGAGGUAAAAUUUGGAAAUACCACAUUUAAAACGGAUGUGUAUCCCAAGUCUCUCAAUCCUCAGUGGAACUCUGAAUGGUUUAAAUUUGAGGUAGAUGAUGAAGAACUACAAGAUGAGCCCCUGCAGAUCACAGUUCUUGAUCAUGACACUUACAGUGCCAAUGAUGCCAUUGGCAAGGUGUACAUAGAUAUUGAUCCUUUGCUGUACAGUGAGGCAGCUACAGUUAUCUCAGGAUGGUUUCCAAUAUAUGAUACCAUACAUGGUAUCCGUGGCGAGAUCAAUGUGGUGGUAAAAGUAGACCUCUUCAAUGAUUUAAACCGAUUUAGGCAGUCAUCCUGUGGAGUCAAAUUUUUUUGCACUACCUCUAUUCCUAAGUGUUAUAGAGCAGUAGUAAUUCAUGGAUUUGUGGAAGAGCUGGUGGUUAAUGAAGACCCAGAAUACCAAUGGAUAGACCGAAUCCGUACACCAAGAGCAUCAAAUGAAGCUAGACAAAGACUUAUUUCCCUAAUGUCAGGUGAACUUCAAAGGAAGAUUGGCUUGAAGGUACUUGAAAUGAGAGGGAAUGCUGUUGUUGGCUAUUUACAGUGUUUUGAUCUGGAGGGAGAAUCUGGACUAGUUGUACGAGCUAUAGGAACAGCCUGUACCUUGGAUAAAUUAAGUAGCACAUCAGCGUUCUUACCUGCAUGUAAUUCUCCAUCCAAAGAAAUGAAGGAGAUUCCCUUCAAUGAAGAUCCCAAUCCCAAUACUCAUUCAUCAGGACCCUCCACCCCUCUGAAAAACCAAACCUAUUCCUUUUCACCUUCCAAGUCCUACAGUCGACAGUCCUCUUCUUCUGACACAGAUUUGAGUUUGACACCCAAAACUGUACCUUCCCCACAGGGACCUAGGAUGUUCCUGUUUCCCAGUUCCCCUACACUCUCUUGUGGUUCCCCACAUCUUAAAAAGUCCUGUCUCCUCCUCUCGGAGUCUAGCCUUAACCCUCUUCAGUCUAGCCAUGUCAGCCCAGUUGUUCUGAGGAAAAGUGUUUCUUUCACUGAAGAGCUGCUUCUGGCUGCUUCUGGAAUGGGCAGUGGAAGUGCUGGAAAAGAAGGGGGGCCACUUAAAGCACUGUUGAGACAGCAGACCCAAUCAGCUCUGGAACAAAGGGAAUUUCCCUUUUUUACCUUGACGUCCUUUCCACCAGGGUUCCUUGUCCAUGUUGGUGGUGUUGUCAGUGCACGCUCUGUAAAGUUGCUGGAUCGCAUCCAUAAUCCUGAUGAACCAGAGACACGAGAUGCAUGGUGGGCAGAAAUCAGACAAGAGAUAAAAUCCCAUGCCAAGGCAUUGGGUUGUCACGCUGUAGUGGGCUACAGUGAAUCAACUAGCAUUUGUGAAGAGGUCUGUAUUUUGUCUGCAUCUGGCACGGCAGCUGUACUGAACCCUAGGUUUCUCCAGGAUGGCACCAUGGAAGGCUGUUUGGAUCAAAGGUUGUCAUGGCAGCCUGGCUUCUUUUCCAUAGGGUCAGAGAAGGGAGAGGUUGAUUUUUUUCCUCAGAGCCAAGAUAGUUCUUCUCUAUUAGGGAUUGAAGAAACUUCACCUGCAGGUUGUGGAUUUUGCCACAUACCUUAUGAUGAACUGAACAUGCCAUUUCCUGCUCACCUCACAUACUGUUACAAUUGUCGAAAGCAAAAGGUUCCUGAUGUUCUGUUCACAACAAUAGAUUUGCCUGUAGAGGCAAUGGUUAUUGGGAAAGGAUGUCUUAUUCAAGCCAGGUUAUGUCGCCUGAAAAAGAAAGCUCAAGCAGAAGCCAAUGCAACAGUUAUCAGCAAUCUGUUGCCAUUUAUGGAAUAUGAAGUACACACCCAGCUAAUGAACAAACUUAAACUGAGGGGAAUGAAUGCCCUUUUUGGACUGAGGAUUCAGAUCUCAGUGGGUGAAAAUAUGCUGGUGGGCUUGGCAUCUGCCACAGGUGUGUAUCUUACUGCUUUACCAACCCCUGGUGGUAUUCAGAUUGCUGGGAAGACUCCAAAUGAUGGCACCCAUGAACAGCAUAUAUCUCACAUGCAAAAAAAAAUAAAUGAUACAAUAGCCAAAAACAAAGAGAUUUAUGAGAUUAACCCUCCUGAGAUACCAGAGGAAAUCAUAGGGUCUCCCAUUCCAGAACCAAGACAACGUUCUAGGCUGCUGAGAUCUCAGUCAGAAAGUUCUGAUGAAGUUACCGAACUAGACCUUUCACAUGGGAAAAAGGAUGCUUUUGUCUUGGAGAUUGAUGAUACAGAUGCAAUGGAAGAUGUACAUUCUUUAUUGACAGAUGCUCCACCACCUCCAGGUUUUUAUAGCUGUAACACAGAAAUUAUGCCUGGUAUAAAUAACUGGACUCCUGAAAUACAGAUGUUCACAUCGGUAAGAGUAUCCAGAUUAAGCAACAUUACCCUAACGAAUCAAAUGCUUAACAAGAACUUUAAUGAUCUCUGUGAGAAUCUGCUUAAGAGUCUAUAUUUUAAACUACGUUCCAUGAUUCCCUGCUGCCUUUGCCACGUAAAUUUCACUGUUGCUCUUCCAGAGGAUGAAUUAAUUCAGGUCGCUGUCACAGCAGUUGCAAUAACAUUUGACAAAAAUCAAGCUUUACAAACCAGCAAAGUCCCUGCAGAAAAAUCAUUGCAGAGAGCCUCUACGGACAAUGAAGAGCAGCUACAGUUUCCAUUAGAACUUUGCUCUGAUCCUCUUGCUUCUCAACCAUUCUCACCAGCUAAAGAGGUCCUGGAGAGUGCAAGUUCCCACACAGGUAUACCAGCUGCACAGAGAGCAACGUCAAUUGAUUACAGUUCCUUUGCAGACAGAUGCAACAGCUGGAUAGAGCUCAUUAAACUGAAAGCUCAGACCAUAAGGCGCGGAUCAAUUAAGACAAUUGCUUCACUUGACAAAGCAAGCCCGCUGGCUGAGGGACACGCACGUCACCGUUCUGUUCCAUGCUCUACCAAUUCUACCGUCACAGUUGUUAAGAUGACACCUCUUUCUUUUAUACCGGGGGCAAAAAUUACCAAAUAUCUUGGAAUAAUCAACAUGUUUUUUAUACGAGAAACCACUUCUUUACGUGAGGAGGGCGGUGUCAGUGGCUUUCUUCAUGCUUUCAUUGCUGAAGUGUUUGCAAUGGUGAGAGCUCAUGUUGCAGCCUUAGGGGGGAAUGCAGUUGUUUCAUAUAUAAUGAAGCAGUGUGUUUUUAUGGAGAAUCCAAACAAAAAUCAGGCCCAGUGUCUAGUAAAUGUAAGUGGGGAUGCUGUGAUCUUUGUACGUGAAUCUGAAUUAGAAAUGGUACCAGUGCAGUCAUCUACCGUUCUCUUUCAGUCCACAAGUGCUGGAGGAGAUGUCACAACAUGAAGCCAGAAAAAAUUAAAUGGCUCUGCUAAGUGUAAAAUGAUCUCUUCGAAGUGUGAGAAUGGUUAGCUUUGCCUCUUCAAAAUCAAUAAUUUUCCAAAGUAUUAAGGGUAGCUAGAUUUGAGACAAUCACUUUGUCCACCUAUUUUGUGAUAGCCAGGGCAGUGUUUUUUUGGCAAGUACUUUUUAAUUUUUUUAAUUAUUAUCCCCUCUGAAAUCUGAGCAGAAGAUUUGAUUCUUUCAGAUCAUUGAUCUGAAAGAAUAGUUUAAGUAGUAGACAUUCCAAAGAAUUGAUGAAGUAAGCAGAAACUUUACAUUUUUUUUAAUCUCACUCUUCAGCAGGGCUGGAUCAAAAUAUAACUCAGAACUACAUCUGGGACUGAUGAUGCUCUUUCAUGUUAGUUAGUUCAUUAAAAGUAAAACUGGAAAGUAAUGAAGAAACCUAAAUUCAGCUACCUUUCUUGAAUAAGCAAGAGAUUCAUGAGCAGAUUUAAAAAAUAUUAUCGAAAUAAGUAGUAGUCUGAAGUAAGUGCAUAUAAUACUCUAUCUAGCUGUUAUAAGUCUGGAGAGGAAAAAAGCACCGGAAACAAUAUGUUUUGGAUUUUAGUAUGCUAAAUGUUUUUCAUCUAUUUGAACUACUGAAUGUUUUUUUUAUUGUACAACAUAUUUUUUUAUUUAAAAAUGCUGGAUUUUGUUGCUGCAUUGUAGCCACACUAUGGUAAAAAUAAAUUAUUAUAUCUGGUUCAGGUAUUAUCAUUUCAUUUUAAUAUUAACAUUUGUACAAUGUUCUUUUUUUUUUUUUUUUUAAUUCCAGAAGUAUGAAGUUUCCCAACAUCCAGUAUCUCAAGGCAUUAUUUGCAAUAAUGUCAUAGAUGAACCUCCUCUUAGAGAGUAUCACCUAUAUGUGGAGUCAGUCAGGUUUUCUGCU